AUGGAUAUCACUAAUUUUGUGGUUUCCGCUAGAAACCAGGCUCUUUUAUAUGGCGAUUAUACUACUUACCACAAGCAACUGGUCAAGAAGCUACAUAAAUGUCGGAAGAGAUUGAAUAUUGCUACUAAGAGCCGCAACAAGUUUACCAAGAAAGACCCUAUCACGGCCGAGAACCUGUCGGAGAAUCACGAGUACCUUCAUCUACAAUUGUUGACGGCCGAACGUGCUUGGGCACAUGGUAUGAGGUUCAAGGCCGUUCACUCCACCGAUACCAAAGGCAUUACAGGCAGAACCCGCUCCCAUAUCAUAUCGAGACUUGUUAAAGGUGCCCGCGCCGCUGAAUAUCUCGUACAAAUAUUAUCCGAAAGCUCUGUGACAGGGGCUAGCGAUACUGAUAUCCUAGAAGCACGUGCGUAUGCUUCUAUGAUACGAGGCGCCACCCAAUUCGAAAAACAGAGCUGGGAGCCAUGUCUACAGAGUUAUGCGACCGCUCGCAUCAUAUAUACAGCGCUUGCUACGUCUAUGAAGGGGGAUACCUUUAAAGACUUGUUGUCGGAAACCAUCGACCCUUCUAUUCGAUAUGCGGCCUAUCAGACUAAAAUUUCAAGGAUCCAGACGAUACCGACCAUCGCCAGAAAGGCCUUCCCUUCUUCUGACUCUGCUUUGGUCGAGCAAAUAAAUAAAUUAGCCCCGGACCUACUUAAUAAGAGCGAUUCUGAUGCUCAAAAGGGCCAAGUCGGUGCCCCGAACGCCCCUCAGACCAUCACAUGGAGGUCCCGAGAAGUCAAGAUCGAGGAUGCAGCUAUCGCUGUUGCGCUGGCCUCGAUAGACACAGCAACCGCACGAUUGACGGAGAAGUUGGCAUCUUCCGACGUUAUAUUACCAAAAGAGAUGGCUGCUGCGUACGAUGAAGUGCUCAUAGCUAGUCAGGAUGCGGUAGAUGCCACCAAACACGCUAUUGACGAACUUAAGGAGGAGGGCGUAUCCCAGGACGAUGCCCGAAUACAGAGUCUACAGAUAACUCGCACCGCGGUUAACUACCAGGUUAUCAGCUGGAGAAUUGGUCGCAACCGAGUCUUGAGUGGAGAGCACGACGGAGCUUUGUUAGACUCGGCUCCUACAACUACUCGAAAAUCCAAGAAAGACGCCAGCUCUCGAAAACCGAAGAUAGAGCCACCCGGCAGGAAGAUAUCUCGGCUCAAAGACAAAGUUGUACUUUACGAUUCUACGCUGCAGAGCAUUGAGUCGAUUAAAGAAUUACCUGGCGUUGCAGCUGAUAGAGACUUAUCAGAACAAUUAAGCGCAACUGCUAGAUAUUUCUAUGCCCUCAAAUCUCUCUCCAUUGCAAGGUCGCACUCGCUAACCAACCAAUCGCGCAAUGCUUUGGUUCUCACCAAGCACGCGUUUGACGAGUGUGAGCAAUCAGCCGCGUUUUUCUCCGAGCAGGAAGCCUCUUCUUCAGAGUCCUCGCCCCGUAACAUAGAAAUCCGGCCAGGCGAUAUCCAAUUCCUUCGCAACCUAUUAAAAGGGGAGCUUCAGAAAUGUCGAGCGAUUGUUGAAAUAGAUAAUCUACGGCAAAAGACGACCAAUGCGACCCCGCCAGGCGCAAGAGCUCCGCUCGUGCAACGCUUAUUCGAGUACCCAGCGGAGGGUGUCAACUUGGAAAAUCUUGUCGAGUUCCCACCCAAGGUAAAUCUUAUUCCCGUGAAGCCUCUAUUCUUCGAUGUUGCUUGGAAUUACAUAGAUUACCCUGGAAAGGUCCCGGCUGCCGCUCCCGCCGCCGAGCCCGAGCAGAAGCCGGAACAGCCGGCGCAGCCGCAGAAGAAAGGAUGGUUCGGGUUUGGAAGAUAG